AAAAACCAUGCGAACUGUCAGAGUUGGCAGACAAACUUUCAGUAGCUGAAGAGAGUACAUUAAAGGAAAUAUUAACUCACUGUCAACAGUUUGUUGACAGACUUUGACAACGUUAUCAGAAGCUUACUUAGUUUUAGUUCUUUUGGAUAUCUCCGGGUUUCUUCGUGAUCUCCAGAAACGAUGAUGUACUCAGCUUUCAACACAGAUUGUGACUCUUCUUCCCGGUGCAGUACCGCUUCUCCAGCCGGCGACAACCUGGCUUACUACAACUCUCCUGCGGGAUCUUACUCCAGCGUGGGCUCUCCCCAAUCACAGGACUUCACCGACCUCACUUCAGUGUCCAGUGGUUCCUCAUUCAUCCCCACUGUCACAGCCAUCUCAACCAGCCCUGAUCUGCAGUGGAUGGACCAGCCACUGGUGUCUUCAGUGGCCCCUUCUCACAGACCUCACCCAUACAGUGCCAACCCACCAACAUACUCCAGAGCCAUGAGGAACAAGGGCCACACUUCUGGACGCAGGGGCAAAAUGGAACAGCUUUCGCCUGAGGAGGAGGAGAAGAAGAGGGUUCGUAGAGAGAGGAACAAGCAGGCAGCAGCCAAAUGCCGAAACAGACGAAGAGAACUCACGGACACACUGCAGAGUGAAACCGACGAGCUGGAGGACGAGAAGUCUGCUCUCCAGAAUGACAUUGCCAACUUGCUGAAGGAGAAGGAGAAGCUGGAGUUCAUCCUAGCAGCCCACGGGCCCAUCUGCAAGAUCUCCUCUGAUAUGGAACCUUCUUUCCCCUCUGUCCCCAUCUCCUAUGAUGUCUCCAACCAGCUGUCACAGAGCGUUGUCUUGAGCACCGCCUGCUCCAGAGCUCCCCACACCUCCAUCCACUCAACCUCCACCUCCACCCUCUCCACCUCGGCUUCCAUUUUCUCCAACAGCCCCAUGUUGUCCACCGCCUCCGUCUCUGAUGUCAGAAUGCCUGACCUGGACCCAGCCUGCCUGGAGGACUCCCUGGCUCUACUUGCCAAGACGGAGAUGGAGACAGCCCGGUCAGUGCCCGAUGUUGACCUGUCCAGUUCCCUGUACAGCCAGGACUGGGAGCCUCUCUAUAGCACUGCCAAUAAUGACUUGGAGCCCCUGUGCACCCCAGUGGUCACCUGCACCCCAGCCUGCACCACAUACACGUCUUCCUUCGUCUUCACCUACCCAGAAGCAGAGGCCUUCCCUUCCUGUGGCACAGCCCACCAACGGAGAGGCAGCACCAGCAAUGAGCAGUCCUCCGAUUCCCUCAGCUCUCCUACCCUCCUGGCCCUGUGAGCAGGACACUGGCAGCUGUCUCCACUGGCACCCUUCUUCCCUGCAUAGUGGACUGCUUAUAGCUAGAACCUGUAGGGUGUCCCCAGGUCUUUGGUCAACGGUAUUGCAGUUGGGUGACAUUGGGGAUGGCAAGUCUCUUCCAUACAACAAGACUUCCUCUAGAGGGCAUUUAGCACUUACGCCAUGUAUAGUUCCAGUAAGUGUGCUGGAUAAUGGGCAAUGGAAUGGAUGGAACUUUUACACACAAACAACCAGGAAGCAUAAUAUCUGAUUUGUUUUCCAUAUUUCAACUAAAGUAGAAUAGCAUAUUACUUGCCUCUUUCAUCUAUGUAGCAGGUUAAAGCAUGUUUACCUAAUAACUUAUAUUUGUUUUGGUUUAAAAUACAUUGAUUUGAUGGUGCUGGAUAACAUUACGUUGUUGUAGUUUGCUGAGUUCAAAGAAAUAUAGUUAUCCUGCCUGGUUUGUUUUCUGGUUGCUGGAAUGUGAGCUUCUUGUAUGUUUGUGAUAUUUAAAAAACAAAAUGCUUGUCUAAUGGUCUGAGUGGUCUGUAUUCUAGGAUGAAAGUUUUCUGUGAAAACGUUAGUGGUUUUAAUUUAUGAAAUGUACAUUUAUUUUUCUACUCAGAAUUUAAAAAGGUUCUAAAAAGCAAACUGUUGAACAUUUGCCUACCUUGUAAGUGAAUAAAAUAUAUGAAAUGUA